AUGUGCCACGGCCUGCCCAGUGCUUCUCGUGUCGCAGAAACGCUAGCGGAAAUCGGCGCCUGGCCCGUCUCCGUCACUGCCGAUCUGCGCGCCCUUGGCCACUUGGAGCGCCUCUCCCGUGCCCCCGGUGCCGGCCCCAUGCUGUCAUACCUGCGCGAGCUGCCCAAGUCGCGUGAGGCUGCUGCUCGCAUACACGAUGACCUGGUGGGGAAGGCACACCUGUACACUGACGGUUCUGUCCGCCAGGACGGUUCCGCGGCCGCCGCCUGCGUUGUGCCGCACCUCGAUGUCGCGAGACAGUGCCGCCUGUCCUACCGAGCUUCCUCCACCACAGCGGAGCUUGUGGGUCUCCAUCUGGCAGCCGACAUCCUCGAAGAGUCGCCGUUCCUGAACCGAGUGGCGAUUCUUUGCGACUCGAGGUCCGCAUUGCGCCAGCUGCUGCUCGACGAGCGCCCGCCGCCACUGGCACAGCGCAUUGCCUGCAGGCUGCAUGCUCUGCAGCAACAAGGGUGCGACCUGUGGAUCCAGUGGAUACCGUCGCACGUCGGUGUCGCCGGGAACGAGGCAGCUGAUGACCUGGCAAAGCGCGCCCACGAUCCCCUGUCCCCGCUGUUGACGCGAUUCAACUCGUUCGACGUGGCGCGGCUUCAUUUCAAACAGGAGCUCGCGCUGCGCCACACCGACACCCGCGUCGGGCACGGUCGCCCGCCACGCCUGCUUCCGGAAUCCGGCUUCACGAGGAGAGAGCGAGCCUUCCUCCUCGCACUCCGGACCGGUUCCGUCUGGCCCGCCGAGCGCAAGCACCGCCUCCGCGGAGCCUCCUCGCCCCUGUGCCAGGACUGCGGUGCUGUCGAGACGCUGCAACAUCUGAUGUGCGAGUGCAGUGCUUUGUCGACGGCGCGCGCCACUCUUGCCCGCGUUUACCGCGCGCAGAACCUCCCCUGCUUGACGGUGGAGGACGUCUUGCACCCCUCGGGCUGCACAUCGAGCCACGGCAAACUCUUCCGCGCAUUGCUGAACUUUGCCGACGACGUGGGUUUGGUCGACCGCCUGUAG